AUGGGGUGUUGUUGUUCAAAACCAAUUACUGACGACGAAAAAGAUGUUCAAAAUUAUGAAUGCCGAAAAGAUAAAAGGAACCGUGCUCGGCCUCGAGAGUCGUCCGCUGCGCAGCAAAUCGCUAGCUGUUCGAACUCGCCGCGAACAAAUAUUAGCGGCAGAGAAGAUGAAAUUGUGUCCGUAAAAGUGAGAGAUGACGAUCACAGACAGAGAGAUGACAACAAACAUCAAGAAUCGCAAUGGUCAAACCUUGAAGAAAAAUAUCAGCAAGAAGAAGAUGAAAUAGAAGUAGAGGAACGACAAACGAAGGAAUCGUUGGAAGAAAAUAAAGAGAAAGAAGAGAAAGAUGAAAUGAAAGAAGAAGAAGAAGAAGAAGAUGAAGGAGAAGGAGAAGAAGGAGAAGGAGAAGAAGAAUCGGUUCGAGAAUAUGAAAAUAAGCCAAAACAACAUAAAGACGAAGAAACGAAAAAUUAUGUUGAAGUUGCAUCUCGAGACGUCGAGAGAGAAACGAGAAAAAGAAAAGAAACAAUCGGAUCGAUUUCUGAAGCAUCAGCUGUCAACGAGCAAAUCCUCACUUCUUCCAAAUCUAUCGGUGAAGAAGAGAAGAAUUCGAAGCAAGACAGCGCAUCCUCGUCCAAUGUCGACAAUCGAACGAAGCAACAACUGUCCGACUUUGAUUGCAUGACUGCCAGUCCAGUCGACAUGUCAUGUUCGAGUACAGCGAUUGGUCAGUUGUCUUGUACUUACAUCUGCAUGCUGUCUGUGCAUAAAUCGUCUCCUCUUGUCAUUUAG